AUAUCUUGUAUUUUCUGACGCGAAUCCACUCGAAAGUUUACAAGCGACGGACUCUUUUUUUAGGUACGGCUCCGAAUUCAUAGUUGGGCAACAAGCCAUCUCAUCUCAUCUCAUCUCCACAACAACAAUGGCGAAUCCAACCACUAGUGAUUCAAGGAAAGGGUCCGUUACUCACGUCAUCUUCGACAUGGACGGCCUUUUACUUGACACAGAGAAAUUCUAUACUGAAGUCCAGGAGAUAAUACUUGCAAGAUACAAUAAAACUUUUGAUUGGUCUCUCAAGGCAAAAAUGAUGGGGAAGAAAGCAAUAGAAGCUGCUUAUGUCUUUGUUGAAGAGACUGGAAUCAGCGAUUCCCUUACAGCUGAGGAUUUUCUUACAGAAAGAGAGGAUAUGUUGCGGAGCUUGUUUCCAACAAGUGAGCUAAUGCCAGGGGCAAGCCGUUUGAUUAGACACCUCCAUGCGAAUGGAAUACCAAUUUGUUUGGCGACAGGUUCUCAUAGACGGCACUUUGAAUUGAAAACACAAAGACAUGGUGAACUUUUUUCGCUGAUGCAUCAUGUCGUUCUUGGUGAUGAUCCAGAAGUAAAACAAGGCAAGCCAUCACCUGAUAUAUUCUUGGCAGCAGCCAAAAGAUUUGAGGGUGGCCCAAUAGACCCUCAAAAUAUUAUUGUUUUUGAAGAUGCACCAUCAGGAGUUUGUGCAGCUAAGAGCGCUGGGAUGAUAGCUGUUAUGGUUCCAGAUCCAAGGCUUGAUAGCUCUUUCCAUGGAGCUGCAGACCAGGUUUUGAGCUCCUUGUUGGAUUUCAACCCUAGUGAUUGGGGUUUGCCUCCAUUUGAGAAGGUAGCAAGUUAGACUGGCAUAUCCAUAAAUAUGGUAUGUCAACUAGUUGCCACUAUUGAUUGCGGAGUAGGCUUAAACUGAACAUGGAAUUGAUUUUUACUAGUGUACAACAUCCUUGCAUUAUUGAAGUGUGGGUUAGGUUCAUUAUAAUAGUUUCAUGAAUUGACCCUUUUUAAUUUAUUCUACUGUGGUUUAGUUGUCUUAAUGUUUCUUUAAAGAAAACUAUUCAGCUUUUGUUUGGAAA